AUGGCUGUGAGUAGCCUGGCGGAGGUUUUGAACCAGGCGGGAAACGAGGGUCGGUUCCAGGUCCUGUCGUUGCUGGCGAUCACUCUACCCCGUGUGCCAAUCCACUGGAGUCUGACCAUGAUGUCUUACGGCGGCUAUACGCCAGACUGGUGUUGUGUGCCGAGCCAUUUGAAUGUUAAUGAUGAAUGUGGGGUCGUCGUCGCGAACGCUUACCAGGGGCCUGGUACAUCUAACUACAGCACAGCUCCAUCUGUCCCCUCCCUCCUCUCACAGUGCCUUAACGACAGUACGUGUCCGCGGAAACAGUUUGUGAGUGAGGACGACGCCUCUACUGUCGUCACUGAGUGGGAUCUGGUGUGUGACCUGGAGUGGGUGGUUCCCGUCAUCUCCUCUGUCCAAAUGGGGGGCGUGGCGGUUGGCGCCCUGGCCUGUGGGUACGCCUCUGACUUGUGGGGUCGUCGCCGUGUCCACUUCUCCAUGCUCCUGCUCCACACGCUGCUCAACGUCAUAGCUGGCUUCUCUGUUUCCUGGCAGAUGUUUGCCGUGCUCAGAUUUUUCCUCGGCGUGAGUAUCGGAGGCUAUACAGUGGUCCACGUGCCGUAUGUCCUCGAGUUCCAAUCCCCUCGCUGGCGCGCCAUCCCCGCCGCUGUGCCCUUCAGUCCACUCGGAGCCUCGCUUCUGCCUCUGGGGGCGUGGCUUUUGCCAGACUGGCGCUGGAUGCACUUCAUCUGCGCCAUCCUUAACGCUCCCUUCUUGCUGACCUACUUGUGA